CGGGCUCCUGUGCGAUCCCGUGCGUACUUCCGUGUCGCGUGCUUCCCCGUAACCUGGACACUAAAACAAGGAUGCGGAGCCUGGACCUAGCCGCGUUUCUGCUCAGCCUCCUGGCAACGGCGUUCGGCCAGGACGGCGACCUAUACUUCUCGGUGAGCCCUGCCGACCACUCUGUCGUCGAGGGAUCCCCGGUUCGUCUGAGAUGCGAGGCUCUGCCUACCUCGCGCGUCAAGUACUCCUGGAAAAUCGACGGGCAGCCCCUCGCCCCAAGUCCCCGACGGCAUCUGGACGGCGGCGACCUGAGGAUCACGAGGGUCAACCGGAUUCACGACAGCGGAAGCUUCGUCUGCGUGGCAACGCACGAGGAGAACGGAUACUCCAUCGAGAGCUCGCCGGCCAAUAUCAACAUACAAUGGAUCAGCGAGGCGAGCGUGCAGCUGCAGCAGCCGAAACUACCCUCGGCGAUUCACGUGGGAAGCGAGGUCGAGCUUCGAUGUCACGUCGACGGCACCGGAAAUUUGAAAUACGAGUGGUUCAAGAACCGCGAGCCGGUGGUGCGGAACGAACGGAUCGAAGUGCGGAAGAUGAGGCUGCACGUUCAUCGGGCGGUCCCCGAAGACAGCGGGAUGUACAGCUGCCUGGCGAAGAACGAGGCUGGAUCGUCGCCAAAGAUGGAAAGUUAUCCGCUGACCGUGUCGGGCAACGAGUCCGCCACGAUCAAGGUCGUCCCGAGGAACCUAAUCGCGAAGCGCGGCGAACCCGCCGUACUCCACUGCAUCUUCGAGGACGCUGACGUCGUGCAGUGGUUCUUCAAGGACAUCGGCCCGCUGGAAACCGACGAGGAGAGGACCGUGCUCGAGAACGACACUUUGGUGAUCCGUUCGGCCGAGCACAGGGAUCAAGGAUUCUAUUCCUGCCACGGGGAGAGGGGCAACACCACCGUCACCUACACGGUCGAGCUUCAAAUAGCUUACUUGAUGAACCUGUCCGCGGCUUCGUUCGAGCCGCUGCUGCCGAACCAAGUGGCGGUGGUCGGGGAAGAUCAGGAGCUCCAGGUCAGCUGCUUGGAGCCUUCCGGCUUGCCGUCUCCCAAGGUCUACUGGAAGGAUCCCAAGGGACACAUUAUAAGCGACUCCGGGGCUGUGCGGGUUCAAGAUAAUACGCUUAUCGUCGCGAAGGCUCGAAUGGGCGAGGACGACGGCAAUUAUACUUGCGUCGCCGAGAAUAUGGCCGGGGAGACCGAAAUAUCCGCUCAAGUGCUUAUAUCGACUCCGCCCACGCUGAUCGCUUCGCCGGAGAGCCAGAGCGCGAUGGAGGGCGAUUCCGUGACCAUGGCGUGCUCCUAUUCCGGAAUGGAGCCGCCCGUGACCCACGUUCGCUGGCUGAAGGACGCCGAACCGCUGAAGGAGACCGGCGGGCCCACGCGGCACAGGGUCACCGACAGCCACGGCAACGUGACCCUGCACUUCAAGAGCGCCGACCUCUCCGACAAGGGCAGCUACGUCUGCGAGGUGUCCACCAAGGGCUUCCCGUCGAUAUUUUCGGAGCCGGCCACGCUGACGGUCGAGGAGAAGCUCAAGUUCUCGCCGCAGCCGGUCGACAAACGGCUGGAGCUCGGCUCCAUGGCGAAGGUGCCGUGCAAGUCCCAGGGCGCGACCAAUCCGCGGGUCAACUGGAUCAAGGAGGGCGUCGGCGAGGAUUUCCCGAAACACGUGCAGGACAUCAACGGCACGCUCCACUUCAACGGCGUCCUCGAAGAGGACAAAGGCCGCUACACUUGUAUAGCGCGCAACGACCAGGGAUCGAUCAACCACACGAUCAGCAUCGACGUAGUCAUCGCGCCCAAGUUCACGAUCCAGCCGCUGAACCCGACGGAGGCGGUCGAAGGUUACCCUGUGAUGCUGCACUGCGCGGCCGAAGGCGACCCCAAGCCGACCAUACAGUGGGACAAGGACUCCCGGAUGAACAACUUGAACAAUUCGCGGUUCGAAGUUCUGGGCAACGGAAGUUUGUACAUAAGGGAAGUGUACAUGGGGGACGAGGGGAAAUACGGAUGCACUGCGGGCAACAGCGGCGGUUUGAAACGGGAGGAGGUUCAGCUGAACGUGAAAGCCGGCGACACGUACAGAUUCGACACGGACCCGGAGGUGAGCGACGACGGUUCGAUGAUGACGAAAACGGUGACGAUCACGUUGAGCGCUGCCGCGGCUUACAUCGUCCUGGUCGUCGGCCUGAUGCUGUACUGCCGGUACCGACGUCGUCGCAGGAAGCAACAGUAUCUUCAGGAACAGGCCGAAGAGAAACUGGAGAACGGGGAGGUCCAGGAGGAGCAGCAGACCGAGCUGAAGGAGACCGGCAACAGCAAACUGAACUCGACGCACAAGAAGAAGGAGAACCGGGACUCGCACAACAAAAGCGACGGCGCGGACACCGCGCAGAGCCAGAGCAGCAACCAGUCGAAGAAGUCGAAGUCGAACUACGACAAGAUCGCGGUGUCCCGCAGCAACUUGAAGGAGCUGAAGCCUCUCGGCCGCGGCGAGUUCGGCGAGAUCUACGCGACCAAGUAUCAGGUGGAGGGCGACAAGGAGACCCUGGUGAUGGUGAAGAGCCUGACGAGCACGAAAGACGAGAUGUCCCUGCAGGAGUUCAAGCGGCAGCUGGAUCUUCUGCACAAGCUGAACCACGAGAACGUGGUGAAGCUGAUCGGUCUGUGCCGCGAGGAGGAGCCGGACUACAUGAUCCUCGAGUACACCGACUGGGGCGAUCUGAAGCAGUUCCUGAUCGCCUCGCGGAAAGACAACAACUCGAGUCCGACCCACGAGACGAAGCAACCCCGCGCCCCGCAGCUCUCCGUCGCCCAGAUCAUCUCCCUGUCGAAUCAGGCGGCGAAGGGUUUGAAGCAUCUCGCCGACACUCGCCUAGUCCACAAGGACAUCGCCGCCCGGAACUGUUUGAUCGCCAGCAACCUGACGAUCAAGAUCUCGAUGCCGUGCAUGACCAAAGAGCCGUAUCAGCAGGAGUACACCAAACACCGGAACCAAGUGAUCCCGCUGAGAUGGCUGCCGUACGAGGUCGUCUACGAGGACGAGUACUCGACCAAGAGCGACGUCUACUCGUUCGCCUGCCUCGUCUGGGAGAUGUUCCAUCAGGGCGAGCUCCCGUUCAACAAGAUGAACGACGAGUCCGUGCUGGCCGCGCUGAAAACUCAAACGCUCGCGUGGAAGCCGCACAAAGCGGCUCCGCCGGCUUUGCAGGAGCUCCAGGUCCAAUGCUGGGCGAACGAUCCGCGCGAGAGGCCGACCUUCGACGAGGUCGUCUCGAAAAUAGGUGAAAUUGUCGUCGACAGCUGUCUCUAGACUGCUCGACGAUAUGCCACGAGGCUCUAAAUCGGGGAUAUCGGAGCGCGGGGGUAACGAUUGCGGGUGAACCGAUUUAUGGUGGGUGGGGGGGGGGGGCAGGAGACAAGAGCUAGAGAGAUCCAAACGCGACGACUCGGUUCUGCAAUGGUUACCCGUGCUCCGGUGUUCCGUCGCGUCCAUUAGGUCGUUAAGGAUAUAAUUUAUUUGUAACGCAAGGAUCCGCUCCAAUGACUGCUAAACGUCGGGUUAAAGUUUAAGGAUAACCGUACGGCCCCGUACACGCUACAAUAUUAUACGACUAAACGCAAUAUUUAGUACUCAGUAUCAGUGUAACGAUAUAGGUAUAUCGGUCACGAUCGCACAUCGAAUAUUCGUAAGUUUAACGCUAUAUUGUCGUCACGUCAGAGACCGCAAGCUACAAUGUGAACGCAUCGUAUUUAAGAAAGUAUCACGACCAUAUCAACAAUCGAA